AUGUUGCUGAAAAUUGACGCCAUCAAAGUAUUUAUUAUAGUGUGUAAUUUGUUUUUGCCUGCCAGUAGGCUUCAUAAAUGGCAAAGGAGAGAGAAUCCACUGUCUGCACUGAAAACCGCUUUCAAAAGGAAGCUUAGAGAAUUAAAAUAUUAAUUAUUUUAAUAUUAUUAUUUAGCUUGAUAGGAAUUUAUCAUGUUUUUCUUGAAUUAUGUUAUUUUUUACAGUCAAAAUUGGCUGCUUUUUAGCAAAUUAAUAAUAUAGCGAUAUUAGAAUUUUUAUCAUUCUUUAUAAUACACAUACUGUGAGCAGAGGAAGGGGUUAUAUUAGCCGGGAGACAAAUCCAACCCCCGACUCGCCCUUAUGGGCGAGUUUUAUUAAAAUGGCAGAAUCUAGACUAGGUCUUCCUCUGGACUUGCCCAAAGUACCGGUCUAGUCUUGACUGAUGCACACAAUUGUGAGCAAGCUAUUCUAUAUUAUCAUAAGAAGGCUUGAUUUGAAAUUAAAAUUAAAAGAAGCAUAAAACCAUUUUUAUUUAAAGGUGAAUUAAAAGCAAUUCAAGAAAAUCCAACCAAAGACAUUUUUGUGGCUAAUUUUCGAGGUAAAAUUUAG